UAAAGAGUGAAUUAACAGAUUAUCCCUGGAAAACAUAGUAUAAAUCACUUGGAUCUCAGGUAGAGCAGGUAUAGAAGACAACAAAAGGCUAGAUGAGCCAGCUUCUUUUGGCGCGGCCGGCAAGGCUGUCACCUUCUAUUAGCUGAGACCUUUCAGCGACCACAAAGAUAAACAUAAGAUACUAAAACGCUUCCAAUGUAGCACCUACCACUGGGAGAGGGUCGACAGACCAAGCUGUUACUUGCAUUAAGCAAACGAGAACUUAUUUUUGUACUCCCAAUGUGCGUUAAAGUGCUGAGAGAGGAUUCCGAGGAGAGUCCGAGAGAGUCUUCUUUGGCGCUUGUGGUUUGCUGGGUUGACACAACGCCAGCUAAGCGGCCAAGAUUAAAUCUUGUGAAUUACUUGUGAACAUUCAAACAUAGAUGAAGUUGUUAGAUGCUAAUAUUUCAUGUCGACGAGAUCAUUUCUUUUUUGUUUUUUUUGUUUUUUUUUUUUUGUGAAAUCUCACAGUAACUACGGCAUUGUGUGCAAAUUUCAUUUCGAUUUCUGCUCUGCUCAUGGGUGAGAGAGAAAUAAAAAAUAUAACAGAAUGCCUCUAUCAGCCCCUGGUGGUCACAAGCUGCUUGCAUACAUACAAACGAGGUGCAAACACAUUUGUCCUCCCCCAACUGCGCCGCCGUACCCACGCAAAUAGUUUUUAUUAUUAGCUUGGACCAGUCGCGUCUGCCCGCCGCAGCAAGAAUCUUUUAAUUUAUUGAAGCCAUUAGUGCGGCGACGGAAAAGACACUCCGACUUGCUUGUCCGCUGCUCUAAAAUGGUAAUGCAGCUUAUGGACCCAUCAUGGUCAGUAUAAAAAGCAGACGAAGACAGGUUAAGAGCGACAGUUACACUUUGGACUUGGCAGUUAACGGUUUGAUUUUGCGGAUUAACGGAUUAACUGAUUAUAAGCGGAGCGGAAAUGAAAUUAAUUUGCUUCUUAGUUAUCGCCACUUUGGCUGUGAACGCGCAGGCGCUCAACGACAAAUACUUUGGCGGCAAAUAUAAUGCUCCGAGCAAAAUAACAAAAAAAGCAACGUCAACACGUCAACAGCCAACGAAAGCAUACGCGCUCAAAGCGAGCGCCACACAGCGCCGCACAAGCGUCUACAAGCAACCGCACAGCACUAACAGCGGCGCUGCUGCAGUUGUUGGCGUAAAAGUGCCAAUCCUGCGUAAUGAGCAAGAAAUGCGCCACGACGGCACUUACCACUAUCAAUACGAGACGGGCAAUGGCAUUGUGGGCAUGGAGCAGGGUACUGCUGGCGUAGCUGUAAAAGGCGCCUCCAGUUAUGUCUCACCCGAAGGCGUUGAAAUCAAGUUGACCUACACAGCUGACGAGACCGGCUAUCAUCCGGUGGGCGAUCACAUACCAAAGACGCCCGAUUACGUGCUGCGCGCGUUGGAGUACAUACGCACGCAUCCCUUUAAGGUGGUAAAAGCUGCUGAGCGACGACCGCGUUUGUUGACCGAGAUUGCGCCGCCGCUGUAUACACCGAUUAACAAGCGAAAUUUGAACUACAAGACAAGCAGCGGUUUUGGGAAGAACCCCGUUGGCGUGACGUCGAAACGGCAGAAUCAACGUAACAGUAGACGUAAUGAGUUGAGGCGUCGCGUUUGAAGCGUGUCUAUUCUGCGUGAGCUUAAACGCUGGAGAAGACGCACAGAACCUCAUGGAGAAGACGCAAAUGUAUUAGAAUUUAUUUAUAAUGAAUUUCAUGCACAUUUUUUUGCACGAGUUGAUAUAUCGACGCACCGAUUCAUAGUUGAUUAUACAAAAAAAA